ACAGCGAAGAAGAAGUUGAUGACGCGCUGCCUCCGCCACUAUGAACGCAGCCGGGGCAGUUUCUGCCUUUGAAUUUAAACAACAACAAUAAGCAUAGUCUUAUUUCUCGACAGGUGCUUGGAUCCGCUAACUGGACUUCAGUAGAUGCGACACCGAAUCCAUAUCCUGGAGACAUUUCCUGAUCUGAAGCGGCUGUUUGUCAUGUCUCCAGUCCUGCAGAAUGUCCAAGAUCAGGCGGAAGGUAACAGUGGAGAAUUCAAAAACCAUAUCUGACAGCAGCAGCAGCAGCACCACGACCAGCAGCACCAGCAACCCCGCCGCCCCCUCCCGCAGGCCCAGUGUGUUUGAAAGACUUGGUCCCAGCACUGGGAGUAAUGCUGCAGAUAGUCACUGUAGAAAUUGGUUGAAGACUGGUAAUUGCAGUUACGGCAACACUUGUCGCUACACACAUGGAAGUCAGCCGCGAGGCAAAGGAUUUAGCUUCAGUCGGUCAACCGAGAGACCCACAGGUGAUCUGCGGGAGAGGAUGAAGAAUAAAAGACAAGAUGUUGACUCAGAAAACGUGAAGAGAGACUUAGACGAGCCCACAUCCCCCACAACAAGACAGAGAGACUCCUCCAGAGGCCGACACAGGGAGAAGGAGGACAUAAAGAUCACAAAAGAGCGAACCCCAGCCAGUGAAGAAGAGCCCACAGAGUGGGAAGCCAACCGCGAAGACUCAGAUAUCGGUGACUACGACUACGAAUUAUCCCUGGAAAUGAAGCGUCAGAAGAUUCAGCGUGAGCUGCUGAAACUCGAGCAGGAGAACAUGGACAAGAGGGAGGAGAUUGUCAUCAAGAAAGACGAGACCCCGAGUAAAACGAGAACCAGCGCCUUGCCAAAAGCCUCCCCGGAGCAGUUGAGCUCCAAAGAUUCCCCCUCGCCAAGGAAGUCGGGCGGCUCCCCGAAACACAAAAGUGGCACCAAAGGGCCCGGCUCUGGCAAGAAAGAGAAGAAGGCGUCCAUAUCCUCACCUGUGUCUGAAACGACCAGGUCUUCAAAGGGCAGCCAUGGUAAAAAGAAAGGGCCGCGGACUCCCAGUCCUCCUCCGCCGGUCCCACUGGACCUCCCUGUGAUGGGAAAGAAACACAAAGGCAAACACAAAAACAAGGAGAAGUCUGAGGAGAAGCAGAAGGAAGCAAAGGAUCGGGGACGAGAUGCAGAAAAACACAAAGAGAAGAAGGAGAAACGCCGGGACAGAUCAGACAGUUCCCACAAAGCCAAGCGGUCGUCGGUGACAUCAGAAGAGCGUUCUGGUAGCGUGUCAUCUCCAUCCAGAGGCGCUUCACCCUCAAGGAAGAAAUCCACCUCUCCAAAAUCUUCCUCUCAUAAAACCUCUGUGCUGGUUUCUCCUCCUCGCAGGUCUCCGUCUCCUCCGCGUCACCAGCACACGCCGACUCCUCCCCGCCACCACUCCCCGUCCUCCCACUCCGGCUCGUCCGCCCAGCAACACUCUCCCUCCCCGCGGCGGCGUCGCUCCUCCUCCCCACCCUACCAUCGCAGCUCUGCGGCAGCCGCGGCCUCUGCCUCCUCGCCUCAGAGCUCCCGCCGCUCCAGGUCACCUCUGACCCUGCACGACACCUCAUCGCCUCACCGUCGAUCUGACCGGUCCAGCCCGGGCCGGCACCACUCCAGGGGACGCGAGAGGAGUCGAGGGGACAGAGAGAGGAGUCCGCCCGCUCAGGAGCGCAAACAAGAGCGCAGAGAUGACAGCCGCAGCAAGCGAGAGAAAGACGCUGUCCGUGACGACCGGGACUAUGACUCGGAGCAGAUGUCCUCACGAGACACCCGCGACGACAGAGACGCCAAAGAGGCUCGCGAGCGACGAGACGUUCGCGAGCGUGGACGGGAGACGACCCGAGAGUCCCGCGACCACAGAGACAGCAGAGACGCGAAGGACUCCAGAGAGAGCAGGACGGAGACGCGGUCCAGUCGAGAGUCCCUGGAGCGUCGCGACCGAGAGCGAGAGCGGGAACGGGAGCGAGAGAAGGAGAGGGACAAGGACCGAGAGCGAGAGAAGGAGCGUGAGAGGGAGAGGACGGACGCCUACAGGAAGGAGGAGACCACUCAGGAUGACAGGAGUUAUGGGAGAGGUCAUGGACGCGAUGAUGGAGGGAGAGCUGAAGGACGGACGGAGAACAGGACGGACAGAGCCGAGAGGAACGGACGAGGCAGAGGACGUGCGAAUGAGACGUCUGACAAAGGCUCGACCAGAAACUCGCGAGGUUCGCAGCUGGAGAGCGCUCACGACAGCUGGGAGACGCGGAGCAGCGCGGUGCGCGAGCGCGAGCGCAGCGCCGAGAGGAGCAGCGCCAACGAAAGGAGCUCCGACAGAGGCUCGGACCGAGACCGCUACGACAGCGACCGGAGAGAUCAGGUCCGAGACUCAUCCUACGACAGGAGAGGAGCACAUGGAGAGCGGGAUCGCAGAGACAACCGAGACAGAGAUCAGAGAGCGGCUUCACCCAGCAGACACCAGGGGAGGUCAGAGGAUUCUGAGAGGGAGGAGAGGAGGGACGAGCGCAGGACAGACCGAGGGGAGGACAGACGAGACGAGCGAACCCGUGACCGGGAGCGAGAGAGGGAGCGGGAGAGGGAAAGAGAGCGGGAGAGGGAGAAGGAGAAAGAGAAGGAGAGGGAGCGAGAGAGGGAGAGGGAAAAGGAGCGCGAGAAGGAGAAGGAGAGGGAGCGGGUCAGGGAGAGAGAGCGGGAACGAGAGAGGGAGAGAGACAGGGAGCGGGAGAGGGAGAGGGAGGAGCGGGAACGAGAGAGGGAGCGCAAGGAGCGAGAGCGGGAGAGAGAGAGGGAGCAGCGGGAGCGAGAGAGGCAGCGGGAGUGGGAGGAGAGGGAGCAGCGCGAGAGAGGGCGGGAGGAGCGGCGGGAGAGGAGGGACGACACCAGGGAUGACCGGUCAGUCCGAGACACGCGGGACGAUCGCAAGACGAGUCGUAAAAGGCCCCGGCAGGAGAGCAGCCCGAGUCCCCGCGCCUCGCCCAAGCGAGCAACGCGGGACCUCAGUCCGGCGGACAGCGACGGCUACAACAGUGGAGAAGACAAAAGUGAGCGCCCGAUUGGCCGAGGGCAGGCCAAGCUCCACCCACAGCCCCUUCUCCCCAGCCCAGUGUGUCCGCCUCCAUCUGACAGUGGUGACAAGCAUCGUCUGCUGAGUCAGGUGGUUCGGCCCCAGGAGCCCCUGCUGCGUUCUCCUCCACGCGCUGCUCCAUCUGAAGAGAAGCCCGGUCACUGGAAGGACGAGGAGCGCAGAGGAGGUGGGGACAAAUGGGAGUCACGCAGCCGCCACGAGGAGCCCGAGCCCCGCGCAGAACGUAACCGAGGAGGCGAUAGACGGGGAGAACAUCCCUCUGACGCGCCGUCUGACUCCCGUAGCAGAGGUAGAGAGCAGAGGGAAUCAACGCCGCCGCCACCGCCGCCGCCUCCUCCUCCUCCUCCAGCCCUCACCAGUGGCAGUGAAGACAGAGAUGCCGGUGCUCAGUUCCACGAGGAAGGAAAGAAGAAGACAAAGUCGCAACGGAAGGGGCUGAAGAAAGGUCGCAAAGAAGAGGAGGCUGGCGCUGGCAACAACACCGCUGCUGCAGGAGAACGUUUCAUUCCCGAGCCUGCAGCUGUUGCUUCUGCAGAGGCUCCUCCACCGCUGCACUCUCCCAGGAAGGUAGGCAAGAAGAAGGUGCUGGAACGAAAGAGGAAAUGGUCGCGAGGACCAGAAUCUGACGUAUCUGAGGAGGAAACGGCAGCUCAUCAGCCACACAGUAAGAGGAAGAGAGGCCCCCGCACGCCACCGCCCUCCCUGAGGCCCGAUCACCGCGGCACUGCAGGCAACACGGAGCCGUCUCCGCAGUCCAAAGUGGACAACUUCAGUGACUGGUCAGACGAGGAGGUCACAGGCCGAGGAGGUGGAGGAGCAGCAGUAGCAGCAGCAGCAGCAGCAGCAGCAGCAGCUCUGGAAACGCAACCUCCUCCGGCUCCUGCUGAGCCUCUCAGGAGAAGUGGAGGUCUGAGGCUGUGUCGGGACAGAGAGCGGUGCAAUCCCCCGGCCAUCGCUCCCCUGCUGCCCCAGGAUCCUCCACUGCUGCUGCAGACGCUCACUCCCCAGCCGCUCAUGUCGCAGCCGCUGCUGCGCAAACCUCCUCCGGAUCAGACGCGCAGCAGCAGCAUGGGCAGCAACCAGAGCCGCACGUCGUCCCGGCGCCUGCGCUCGCCCUCCAACGAGUCGGCCCACAGAGAAGACCCGCAGGGGCCGCGGUCCCGCCGGGGACGACUGCCGGGCAACAACUCCCGCGACAGAGAACGAGAGAGGGAGAGGCCGGCGGUGAGCGAACCUCCCGUGGCCGAGAGGAAGUCUCGAAUUGACCAGCUGAGGAGAGGAGAGCCCAGCCGCAGCACGUCGUCAGACCGCCAGGAUUCCCGCAGCCACAGCUCCAGACGCAGCUCUCCGGACUCGGAGCGACAGACCCGGUCCAGGUCACGCGCCGGCUCCUACGACAGCCGGGAGCGGGAGCCGUUUGAGCGAGAACGAGACAGAAAGGACCUUCGACCUCAACAACAACAACAGCAGCAGCAGCAACAGCCACCGCCGCCGCAGCAGCAGCAGCAACAACAACAACAACAACAACAACAGCAGCAACAGCAACAGCCGCCGCUGAUUCACCAACCGCCGCUGCAGCAACAGCAAAGAGACUGGGAGCCUGAGAGCAGAGAGUGGACUGGCAGAGGACGGGAGCCGCUGCUCAUGCGUCCUGGACGCGAACCUCUGCUGAGGGAGCGAGACAUCCGGGACAGGGAGCGCUUACUCCCCGACGCUCUGCUGCAGCAGCACGAGCGGGAGCGAGAGAGAGACGGCAGGGACAGCAGAGGCGACCGAGGCAGCGAUCGAGACCGGGAGAGGAUGAUGAUGAUGAUGGAGCUGCCGCCGCACGGGGACCUCAGAGGUCUGGGACGGGGAGACAUGAUGAGGCUGGACAGGGGCGACUACGAGCCUCUGCUGCCCAGAGCAGCCUUUGGGCCGCCAGAGACGGACAAGGCCAGCAACAGCCACCAUCUCAUCGCUGAGCAACGGGAACGGGAGCUGGACAAGGCGGACAGCAUCGACGGAGACGACGACGGCAAAGACGACGACGGCCAGUCGGUAACGUCUGUCGGAGAAGAGUACGAGCCGAUCAGUGACGACGAGCUGGACGUCAUUCUGGCCGAUAGUCAGAAGAAAGAGGAUCAGCAGGAGGACGAAAAAACCUCAGGUCCUCUGGAUGUGAUUGACGUGGACUGGUCCAGCUUGAUGCCCAAACAGAAGCAGGAGCCCCGGGCGGCAGGCGCGGCGCUGCUGCGCUUCACCCCUGGAGCCGUGCUCCUCAGAGCGGGCGUCUCAAAGAGACUCGCCGGGCCGAAGCUCCUGGAGCAAGUCAAAGAAGUGUGCAAGUCGGAGCUGGACGACCCUAAAGAUGCCGAUAAGCUGUUCGAGCACGACCUCGGGGCGCUGAACAUGGCGGCGCUGAACAGGCGCGUGGAGAGGGCGAGUCUACUGAGCAACCUCGGGCCCUGCUGCAAGGCCCUGUGCGCUCGCAGGGACUUCGCCAUCCGACGUCAGCUGUUGAAAAACGAUAAGGGCCUAACGAAGCAGUACCCCACUACACCAGUAGUGGACACGGAGCUGCUGCAGAUGAGCAUGCGUCUCUUCAGAAGAACGAUGGCAGGACAGACUGCGGCUCUGGAAAGGUCCAACAGCGUUUCAGCAGCAGCAGCAGCAGCUGCAGCUGCAGCAGCUGCCGAUGUGUGUGCAGGUGGCAGCAGUAAACUGAGCUCAGCUCAGCCUGAGGUGUGUGUGUCCUGAAAGAAAACAGGCUUUAGUGAGUGAAAGACACAAUAGAGUGAAUGCACUUCACUUCUGCUAGACUCCGCCUCGCUCUCAUUCCAUGACAUAGGAACGCAGCCUUUCUUUUUUUUUAGACACAAGAGGGAAACUAAAGAGAGAGUGGAAAUGAUCAGUUUUGCUUUACGUGUGUUGGUCAAUCUGUAAGUUCUGUGCCAGAGACUAUUGGACAUUUUAGCCGAAUGAACCACGUACGUGUGAGAAAUGCAAAACAAAUGAAAUCUGUUUUUUUUUCUUCUGUGUGUGCGUAUUACAGUAUUUUAGAGCAGCUUUUUUAAUGGUCCGUUACACCUGCCUAACCAAGAAUGUCUUGUGUUUUCCACAUACUGUGCAUUAAAAAGGUUAGACGUU